AUGACCAGUGCGAUCCCCGACAAAGUCUCGCCAUGUCGAUGGGCUAUCGGCUGGCAGACACCGACUUAUAUGGUCACUUCAUACUUGCUAGCAUUCACCAUUGCCGCCAUCCACGGAAGCCUAUUCUACUAUCUGAACGGCAAGCCUACCGAAGGCCCAUCCGCAAUUUUCCGACAGUCCUAUGUGACAACCGGGUCGAUGAUACUAGUCAGUAUUUUCGGACUAUCUCUGCGAGCAAGCUUGAAUGCUUCCUUUACACAGUAUCUCUGGCGAAUCCUCCGUUUGAACACGCUGGAAUUAUCCAAAAUUGAAGCUCUGUUUACUAUGCGGUCAAACCCUCUAUCCUUUUUCAGUGCAUGUGGUAUUUGGAAUUCGUGGCCACUGGCUCUGACUACAAUAAUAUUGUGGUCAAUUCCUAUCGCUAUGAGCUUUCCGCCUGGGUCUCUCACUGUGAUUUCGUCGCUUCAUGAAGAGAUAUUAAAGGAUGUAGUCGUUCCUACAUUCAAUGCGACUGACUAUACACCCGGCAACGAAAGUAUGAUAAAUGUCUGUUACGGAAUGACACCCUUUGGUAAUAACGAAACGGCAAACGAUAAAUAUACCAGGUUUGGUACCAGCAUACUUGGCACAAGUGUCUGCUUUGGAAAAAGCCCGGAGAUAACGCCUGAGAUGCCGGCUGAUAUCAAAUACCUCACCAGUCGCAUUCUUAACUCUGGUGCGGUAUGGGAUAUGCCAUCACCAUGUGGGCUGAAUUGCACCUAUACAAUGAGAUUUACUGGCCCUUACCUCCAGUGCGAAAGCCGAGAUGCUUUCAGGAGAAUUCAGCAGGAUCGAACUGAGCCUUCCGGAUCCAUUCCGGGCGCAGUCAACUUUAUGCUAUACAACAGCUCUUCGAUGACUGGGCUUAUCAAGGAUUUCAAUUCCCGAUCACAAUCGCAUCACUAUUUUACGACUGCUAGACCGAGAAGUAGUCCAGCCAUUCAAGUGCUUCGUACCUAUACUAGUGAUAAUGGAUCCGAAUUAUCAGACCGGCGAUAUAAGGUUGAUGUCAUUGAGACCUGCCUGGAUUGUAUACAAUCAAAGAUUGACUAUACAGUUCAGAUAAUGUAUCGUGACAACAUUCGACAUAUUUCUGUAUCAACAAACCCCAAGUCGGUUCGCUCGCUAGUCUCAGUCGCCGGUGAGCAUACGACACGCCCUGGGGACUUGGGAUAUUACUAUAACCCGGGGGAAUUGAACUCAACGGCCUUAACAUUUUGGGAAGAUGCCAACCUAGCCACCAUCAUAUUUGCAAUGGCCGGCAAGCUCAAAGAGACAUUGAAUGCUAUUGUUUAUGCCGAAGACCACGAAUUUCGCCUCAAUAACACUAGCCAAGACUACCAGUACUUCGAUGCGUGCAGCUCCGGAGACGAUUAUAUCAGUUACCUCAGUAGAGUUUACCACACUCCUCUUCUAUCGAUGCAUAAUUGUACUAACCAUAAUGGUGUCACAUGA